AUGGACCCACAGAACCAGACAGCUCUUUUGGAUUCCAUCCAGCGUAUGAGGAUGAACUCUCUAUAUGACUAUACUUUAACCUUCGAGUAUGAGGUUAAGUACAUGUGGCGCUCAAAGUGGAGUCUCGUCAAGGUCCUUUUCUUUAUAGUAAGAUACCCUCCGUUUGCGGACACAUCGUUAGUUCUCUAUCAUCAGCUUGGGUUCGGUUUAUCGCCUGUAGACUGUUCUCGGUUGUAUCAUGUGACGGGCUGGAUGUUCCUGGGGAGUGUCGGUAUUUGUGAAAGCAUCAUCAUGAUGCGUACGUGGGCCAUAUGGGGUCGCAAAAAGGUCGUAGCAUUUGGGUUGCUGUUCCUGUUUGUUAUUACGUUUGUGCCUUGCUGUAUCUUGGUGGCUAGAUUUAUCAAGUCCUUGACUUAUGCCCCUAUAUCCAUCCUUGGCGACCUAGCUAAUGUAAGGGGAUGUUUCGUGACUAGGGCAAAUGAAACCAUUCUCGGAUGCUAUAUCUGCCUUUGUAUGUUUGAUACAGCGAUUGUGAUCCUCACUGUGACUAAAAUAUUCCAACUUCGAAAAUCGCAUCAUACGAAUUCUUCAAUCAUUGUCACCAUGUACAAAGACGGCAUGGUGUAUUACUUGGCACUUCUCUCGUUAUCCAUCAUCAGUGUGGUCCUCCUUCUAGUGGUAUCAGAAGAUUUCGUGAUCCUCCUAAUUGCUUUGCAACGAGUCAUGUACUCUGUCUUAUCUGCUCGUAUCCUGCUGCAUAUUCAUAAAGCGCAUGAAGCGUGGCAGCCGCUAUCGCAAGGAACCACCCUGCGAACCCGAAGAUAGCUUGUCUCGAAACCUACAGGUGUAACCGUGAAUGCCUCCAUGGAUGUCAAACUGGGCAACAUGGAUGGGAGACUUUGAUCAUGAGAAGGCCGUCUGCUGAUGUGGGAACUUUCGUGUUUUAGAUCAGAGAGAUUUCAUCAAUUUCCACGACCUGUCGUUCUUGUCGAUAUAAACUGUGCACAGGCCACUACGGGUCUGUUGCUCAUGCACUGUGACGCCCUGAGGCGUGACACAUCCCCAUGUACACAUCUAUAUG